UCCCAUAACUUUUUCUAGCCGCCGCUCUCCUCCUAUACCCGGGAAGAAGGUAAAAUCGCAAGACUCGUAUUCACUCGACCCGCCAACCCGUGAAAUUUCUAAACCCCCUGAGCCGCGACAUUCUUCAUCUUCUUCAUGCCCACAACCUGAGCAUUAACAAUUGGUAUUGUCUGUUAGACCUUGUGUUUGAAAUAGAGAGAUAUGUCAAAUAUCACAUCACAACUCUCAAUAAUGGAGGCCGAGUUUGCCGCUGCCAGCAAAGAUGCGCUGGUUGAAGUUGUGAGAAUGGCUCAGAAGAGAGGAAUGAAAGGUAAUAAGGGGACAUGGAAGGAGUUUUUAGCUGUUUAUGAUAAAAAGUUUGGUUCAAGCUUGAGUGAUCCAUCUAAAAGGCAGCCAGAUGCUUUGCUUUCUUUUAUAAAGACAUUCAACGAACAAGAUAUGAAGGUCUUCUAUAAGGUUAUUCAGUGUCGUUCUAACCCUGAUGCCAUUGUCCAGUUUGCGAAUACACAUCCAGAUGGAGAGUCUCCUGAAAUGAAACUGGUUCGUUUAACACUUGGACACCCGUAUUACGCUCUAGAUUAUUCUUUUCCAUCACAUGAAGAGGGAUGGUUGGUAACAAACCCCAUUAAGGGAAAGAAAAAGAAUGCAGAAAUCUCCAUGAUUGCUGUUGAUUGUGAAAUGGUCCUUUGUGAAGAUGGUACUGAAGCGGUGGCAAAGAUUUGUGUUGUGGAUCGUAGCCAAGCGGCCAAACUGAAUGAGUUUGUGAAGCCAGACAAAGCAGUUGUUGACUACAGGUCCGAAAUCACUGGACUUACAGCAAAAGAUUUGGAAGGUGCUAGGUCUUCCUUAGCUGAUGUUCAGAAAUCAAUGAGGAGGUUGUUAUCACAUGGAACAAUUUUAGUUGGCCAUGGAUUGAACAAUGAUCUGAAAGCACUGAAGUUGGAUCAUGCAAGAGUUAUUGAUACAUCUUUAAUAUUUAAAUAUGGAGUUGAGGGAAGCUACAAGAGACCAUCUUUGUUUAACUUAUGUAAGUCUGUGUUGGGAUAUGACCUUAGAAAAACAGGUGCUCCUCACAACUGUUUGGAUGAUGCCACUGCUGCAAUGAAGCUUGUUCUUGCCAAAAUUCAGUCAGGGGAGGAUACUACUGUAUUACCAAUUCCCAGUGAGCCAGUUCCAGAGGUUGAUUUGUCAAAGCUACUACUUCAUAGGGUGCCAAGAAUUCUUCCGACUGAAAAAUUACAUAAGAUUAUAUCUGGAGAUUUUACCAUUCAAAGCAAGCCUAAAAAAAAAGGUCUAGCAGACUACUAUUCAGCUCUAGCUAUAUUCAAAAAUCAGCAAGAAGCAGAUAAAGCAUUUGAAAGUGCUAAUGGAAAAUUGGAAACUGAUUCUUAUGGAAGGCCACAAAAGCUAAUUUCAUACAAGCUUGAGAAUGGAGUAAGUGGUGAACUCUAUAUUCGUAAAAAUGCACUUGGUUCUUCUGUAGGCCAAGUUCCGUCAAGGAAAAGGGCAUUAGAAUCAGAAGAUAAAAACCCAAGUGAAUUGAAGAUUUUGAAGACCGAAAAACUUGGAGGAGAAUCACAGUGUACAACAGAGGCUACUUCCGAUGAUUGUAAAAUCCAUCUUAAGGAAAUCGAAAGAUUGAAUAAACAAUUGAAGGAGAAGGAAAAUGAAAUAUCAAGCUUGAACAAGAUCAUCGUUGCUCUUACUAGGAAACAAGGACUCUAAGCCUAAACCAAGAUAUGGAUAGCUUAUGCCAUAUGGUCAUUUGUUGUUCCAUUUUUGUUUAAUUUUUGCAUUAUAAUAGGUACUUGACUACUAUUUCGUUUUAACCUAAGUUUGGCAAUGUACUAUAUCUAUUUUUUACAUUUUGAUAAAUUUAUCAUAUUUGCUAG